UAAUCAUCCCUAUCAACACACCUAAGCUCACCAAAUUCCAAAAUAAAAACACCAAAAAAGAGAGAAAAAGCGGAAGGCCACCUCUCCCAUGGCACCACCACCACCCUGACGCCGACGCCGACGCCGACUGACUCACCCGCCGGCGAGCCCACGCCGCCCACCGCCGGAGACGGCCAUGCCCCCCGUCGCAAUCCAGCUCUACAGCCUCCUCUUCAAGCUCAUCCUCCGCCGCCGCCUCUCCUCCCUCUCCGCCUCCGCCGCCUCCUCCUCCUCCUCAUUCGGCGUCUCCUCCCGCGCCGCCGCCGACCACCACCACCCCUCGCCGCCUUCCAAUCCCUCCUUCUCCUCCGCCGCCGGCGCUGACGCUGUUGCCACCAAGGACCUCCACCCCGACCCGCUCUCCUCCCUCCACCUCCGCCUCUUCCUCCCCAACCCGCACCACAGCGCCGCCCCCGCCGCCGCCGCGAACGCUCCGCCUCCGCUGCGGCGGAACUCGUUCCCGCAGCCAGCGCACGACGGGGGCAGCCCCGCGGCGGCGGUGGGGCAGGAGCUCUCCCGCCGCGCCAGCGCGAGCUUCAGCGGGGUGUCGCCCUCCGCCGCGCCGUGCUACGGCGGGUACCUGCCGACGGCGCGCUCCGGGAGGAGGCUGCCGGUGAUCGUGCAGUUCCACGGGGGCGCGUUCGCCACGGGCGCGGCCGACAGCGCCGCCAACGACGCCUUCUGCCGCCGCGUCGCGCGGCUCUGCGACGCCAUCGUGGUGGCCGUCGGGUACCGGCUCGCGCCGGAGAGCAGGUACCCCGCCGCGUUCGAGGACGGGGUCACGGUGCUCAAAUGGAUCGCCAAGCAGGCCAACCUCGCCGCGUGCGGGCGGACGAUGGCGAGGGGGGCGGGCUCUGGAGGGGCCGAUUCGUUCGGCGCGGCGUUGGUCGAGCCGUGGCUAGCUGCGCACGCCGAUCCAUCCAGGUGUGUUCUCCUUGGUGUCAGCUGCGGAGCGAACAUUGCUGACUAUGUGGCUCGAAAAGCUGUUGAGGCUGGGAAACUCCUCGACCCCAUCAAGGUCGUCGCUCAGGUUUUGAUGUAUCCAUUUUUCAUGGGGACUAGUCCCACGCAAUCGGAACUGAAGCUGGCAAACUCCUAUUUCUAUGACAAGUCAACGUGCUUACUGGCCUGGAAACUCUUCUUGCCUGAGGGUGAAUUCAGCUUGGAUCAUCCAGCUGCAAACCCUCUUGUUCCCGGUAAAGGUCCCCCUUUGAAGCUCAUUCCUCCAACAUUGACAGUUGUUGCGGAGCUGGACUGGAUGAAGGACCGCGCGAUCGCUUACUCGGAGGAGCUCCGCAAGGUAAAUGUGGAUGCCCCUGUUCUCGAGUACAAGGAUGCGGUCCAUGAGUUCGCCACGCUGGACGUCUUGCUGAAAACACCACUGGCUCAGGCUUGCGCCGAAGAUAUAGCCAUCUGGGUUAAGAAGUACAUAUCACUGCGUGGCCAUGAAUUAUCAUAUUGACUGUGUCGCGGUGCGCUUUCAACGAGAUUUUCACCUGAGCUGCGCCCUUCAAGGCUUCGCAAUGGUCACUCCACUACUUCAUUUACCUCCCAUGCUGCACUGAAACCAUUUGAUGAAGCAGGGAGAGGUACACUGGCCGAGUGGUAACAUGGGUGCUGAAGAAAGGAGGGGGAGAGAGAGAGAUGCUCUGUGAUGUAAGUUGGUUCUUUUAUGGCAAUUUAGGUUGCCUGGGGUCAAGGAUCUGAGUGUAAUCUAGUACAGGACGGUUGUUGUAUAUUUCCACGUUCUAAUGGCAUCUCAAGUUUUCAUGUAUUCGCUUCCCUGUCCAUAGAUCUGCUUGGCCUGAUCAAAGCGGUUUAUUCUGUUUC